UCACAUACAAAAACAAGAUUUAGCUUUAGCAUCUCAAGUGUAGUUAUCAACCGAAACAUGGGUGAAACAAAGUUAAGCAGCUUCAAGGAUAAAAGAUGGUCACUACAUGGUAUGACUGCGUUAGUGACAGGUGGAACCCGAGGCAUUGGGUACGCAAUUGUUGAAGAGUUAGCUGAAUUUGGAGCAUCUGUGCAUAUAUGUGCACGUAAUGAAGAAGAUAUUAAUAAAUGUUUGGAAGAGUGGAAAAACAAAGGGUUUAAUGUAACAGGAUCAGUAUGUGAUAUACUAUUUCAUGAACAACGCAAGAAACUAAUGGAAACUGUUUCUUCUAUCUUUCAAGGAAAGCUCAAUAUUCUAGUAAACAAUGCUGCAAAACCUACCAGUAAGAAAAUAAUAGAUAAUACUGAUGAAGAUAUAAACACUACAUUGGGUACAAAUUUUGUGUCUGGUUACCAUUUGUGUCAACUUGCACAUCCUCUUCUAAAACAAUCUGGAUAUGGAAGCAUAGUGUUCACUUCUUCCGUUGCAGGUUUAAAAGCUAUUCCUGUUUUAUCUGUUUAUGCAGCCACCAAAGGAGCGGUGAAUCAAUUCACAAAGAACUUGGCAUUAGAAUGGGCAAAGGAUAAUAUUCGUGCAAAUGCUGUGGCACCUGGACCUGUUAAGACAUCACUUUUGGAAUCAGAUUAUGACUCUGAAGGGUAUAAAGCUAUAGCUGGUAUAGUCUCUCAAACUCCUACAGGUCGUAUGGGAGAGACUAAAGAGAUAUCAGCAUUGGUUGCUUUUCUUUGUCUUCCAGCUGCAUCACACAUCACUGGACAAAUUAUAGCUAUUGAUGGAGGAUUAUGGUCACUGCAUGGUAUGACUGCGUUAGUAACAGGUGGAACCCGAGGCAUUGGGUACGCAAUUGUGGAAGAGUUAGCAGAAUUUGGAGCAGCUGUGCAUGUAUGUGCACGUAAUGAAGAAGAUAUUAAUAAAUGUUUGGAAGAGUGGAAAAACAAAGGGUUUAAUGUAACAGGAUCAGUAUGUGAUAUAUUAUUUCAUGAACAACGCAAAAGAUUAAUGGAAACUGUUUCUUCUAUCUUUCAUGGAAAGCUCAAUAUUCUAGUAAACAAUGCUGCAAAACCUACAAGUAAGAAAAUAAUAGAUAAUACUGAUGAAGAUAUAAACACUACAUUGGGUACAAAUUUUGUGUCUGGUUACCAUUUGUGUCAACUUGCACAUCCUCUUCUAAAACAAUCUGGAUAUGGAAGCAUAGUGUUCACUUCUUCCGUUGCAGGUUUAAAAGCUAUUCCUGUUUUAUCUGUUUAUGCAGCCACCAAAGGAGCUGUGAAUCAAUUCACGAAGAACUUGGCAUUGGAAUGGGCAAAAGAUAAUAUUCGUGCAAAUGCUGUGGCACCUGGACCUGUCAAGACAUCACUCUUGCAAUCUAUCACGAAUGAUAAUGAAGGAGAUGAAGCUGUAGAUGGUGUAGUGUCUCAAACACCUAUGGGUCGUAUGGGAGAGCCUAAAGAGAUAUCAUCACUAGUUGCCUUUCUUUGUCUUCCAGCUGCAUCAUACAUCACUGGACAAGUUAUAGCUAUUGAUGGAGGUUUCACUUCUUAAAUUGCUAUUAAUUUGAUUUUGGCAAACAAAAAGACAUACGACCUCCUAUAACUCUAGAUGAAUAAAUUUAAUAAUUUUCCAACAUUCAUGUUAGUUUUUUUUUUCUUCAUAAACAUUCAUGUUAGUUAUAGAUCUUGAAUGACAUUGUUGGUUGGACUACUA